AUGACAACAUAUUUCAUUCGCAACUAUAUAGAAAUCUUGAAGGAGUGUGGUGGAAUGAACAUUGAGAAACAGAUGAAGAUUUAUACAAAGAGAGAAGAUAAAUAUGUAGUUCGCAUGGAUAGAACUACACCGUUAUGGGAUGUUAUGAAAACAUUGUGGGAGUGCAAAUAUUUCGAACCUAUUUCUUAUGGAGAACUUUUCACAUAUACGACUGACUUAUAUAAACAGAACCUUGCACCAUUUAAAGAUUUGACAUAUGCUCCAAAGUAUUGUGUACAACUGAAGAAGAAAGCAGAGUCAAAAGAAGUAAAUAAAGCUAAAUGUAAGUUCAUUCCUGAGCAUGUUUUCUUUGCUGACUUUGAGUGUAGCACAGACGGCUUUCAUAAAGCUUUUAACAUCUGUUACGACAGUGAAGAUGGUUCAGUGAGUGAAAGCAUAUGGGGUCAAAACUGUGCAACAGAAUUUUUGGAACGACUUCCUGACAAGAGUUUAAUAUAUUUCCAUAACCUCAGCUAUGAUAUAAACUUCAUCUUAAGACACAUGACAGAAGUGAAAGGAACUCCCAUCAUUAAAGGUUCACGAACAAUGCAAAUAACUGGUAUUAUACGUAUGAUGUUGCCCGAUGUUUGGUAA